UAAUAAACAAUGUUGAAUAAAAAUCAUUCUAUUCUAUAAAAAUAUCACAAUAUCGAAAAAGCAGCAAUUUAUUACAAAUUUCCAAACAUUGCAUGUGGGUAAUUUUUUUCCAGAAUAAGCAUUUUGUAGGUUGGCUAACUAAGGACUCUCUUUUUACUCUUUGACUUUAUGAUUAGUUAGGUACAAAUGUUAUUGACUCUGCAUCGUUAUUUGCUAUGAUUAUGUAAUGUUUUCAGGAUGGGAUGUCACAACUGAACAUAAUUAUUGUAAAGUGCAAGAUGACGAUGAUUUCACAGAAGCUGUGGUAGUGAUUAGAAAGCCUGGUAUGUACAAAUAUCUUAAUUGAUGUUAAUUGUAAAUUAUAGUAAACAUAUUAUGAUGAACACUGUGAUUUGAUGUAUUUAAAUUUCAGUCAGUGGCAAAUUUUUCAACAUUUUGAAUAAUGUUUUCAGGAAGUGAUGUUACGAUUGAACACAAUUACUGCAAAGAGCAAAAUGAUUGUUCCAAAUCAUCGGUAGAGAUUGGAUCAUCAGGUGUGUACUAAUAUUCAUGUAGUACUAGUUACUAAGUAGCAAAAAAAGCUUUCUAACUAUUUCAUAAAUUUACUAACCGUUCAUUUUCUAAUAAUGUGUUUGCCUUAUCAUACUGACAUCUAUAAAAAUGCAAAAUUGUAACAAAUUUCAGAUGUUGGAAAUUCUCAUGAACAGCCUUCAUGUUCAAAUUUUUCAAGUGUUGCAACAGUUGUAGAAAAUAAAGGUAUGUGAAAUUGUAUUGGACAUAAUUUUUUAUACAUUUAUGUAGGGAUCAAAUCAAAAGAAGUACUUAUAUGUCGGGUAAUAGAAAAAAUACUUUAAAUGCUUAUAAACAGGCUGUGGACUGAAGGUGUCACUGCAUACCUAGAACUGCAUCAGUUCUAGAGGAUAGUUAUGUGUAUUUGAUACUAGACACUAGGAUAAUAUUGCAUGCCUUAAGUGCAAAGCACGUAGGUAUGUUCUACUAGCGCCUAAAAAUCAAGAUUUCAACGUUUUGUCGCAUGAAAUCGUAUCUAACAAUUAUAUUUGUUUAUUUUUCAGAUACAUUCCUGGAGCAACCUCCAAGUGCAAGUACCAAAGGCAUGGAGAUAGAUGUUCUCGAAGAACUCGUAGGUUUGUCUGCUUAUACUAAACUAACUUUUAUUAACAGUAGCUAGAUUUAAUGUAGACAUACAAUACAGAGAAGCAUACAUUGUAAAUUUGUUAUUUAAUAUUGAGUUUAUGUUUAAGACCAUAACAUUCAUAACUAUUGCUUCUUUUCAGGAAUUGAUUCUAAUGUUAAUGUGGUGAAUCAAAUGUUGCCAAAAGGUAGCACAUGUACAAAAAAGCAAAAAGGUAUUAUAAAUUCAGUUUAUUCUUAGACAUAAUUAGAAAAAGUUUCAAUAUCUACCUCAAAUCACAAUAAGAGUUCUUUGUUCUUCAUCUAAUCCCAAAAUUACAGUUCCACUACACUUCAAUGGUUUUAUCAACAACUCCUUUACUGUUAAGGUUACAUUUCUCUGGAAGUCUUCCCCUGAUGACAUCCACACUAUUUGUUAUCUUUUCAAAGUGAAUACAUUAAAAGUUUAAAAUAACAAUAUAUAAAUAAUAAAUUAAUAUUUUUAAGUGUAUCAUUCAGUCAUAAAAUAUGAAUAUAAAACUUAAUUAUUUUAUUUAUUUCACUUCAGGUUCGGUGAAGAAAAUAGUAUCAAGGAAAAGAAAAUUGGUUAAAAUUUUGACUAAUAUUGCAACUGAAACUUUAAGUGACUCAGUAUGACAAAGACUUGAUCAAGCCCAAUCCCUAUCAAGAAAUAAAGACCUUUUGAAAAACUUUUAUUUGUUAAACAAACAAGCGCAGACUUUCUUGUUUAUGCAAUUAAAACAAAUUCAUAAAAGCAAAAUGGCCAGAAGGUUUACCUUAGAUGAAAAAUUAAUGGCGUUGCUCAUAAUGAAACAAAGCCCCAAAAGUUAUAAACUAUUAGAAAAAAUGUUUGCCUUGCCUAGUAAACGGACAUUAAAUAGACUUUCUGAGAAGGUUUCAAUACAACCAGGACUCAAUCCAUUAAUAUUUGAACAUAUAUCAAAUACAACCAAAAAAUGGGACACUAAACAAAAGCUAUGUACAAUCGUUUUUGACGAAGUCUCUCUAACACCACAUUUAACUUUUAAUGAAAAAGAUGAUAUAAUUAAUGGGUUUGUAGAUAUAGCUGGAGAGAGAAAACUGAAAUAUUGUGAUCAUGCUUUAGUUUUUAUGCUAAGAGGAAUAUGCUCUCCAUGGAGACAGAGUGUAGCAUUUUAUUUCUGUGAAGGCACAGUAUCAGCAGCAGAGCUGCAAUGCAUUUUAAAACAGAUUGUGCCCCAAGUGAUACGAACUGGGUUAAUACCUUUAGGUCUUGUUUGUGACCAAGGGUCCACAUUUCGAACAGCAAUAAGAAGACUUAGGGAAGAUACAAUUCGUAGGCGGAAUAUUCAAGGUGUUCAUGAUGAUGGAUCGGUUAAUAUUGCUGAUCACGAUUUAAGCAUAUUUUUUGACCCACCUCAUCUCUUAAAGGGUUUAAGGAAUAAUUUUUUAAAUAAAGAUAUAAUUUGGGAAGAAAAAACUGCCUCUUGGAAAGAUAUUGAGUUCAUUUUUGAUUUGGAUAGCAAAUUGGGGCACACAAGGGCACUACCAAAGUUAACGGCUCAUCAUGUUGAUCGCCAAAAGAUCAAAAAAAUGAAGGUCAGCGUAGCUGCUCAAGUAUUUAGUGCUCGAACUGCUGCUAUGCUCAAAUAUACAAAUGCACUCAGUAAGUAACGAUUGCUAUAUUGAUUUGUAGGCUUAUUCAAUUUAUGUAUAUACUAUUGUAAAAUUUGACCAGAAGUCUCAAUUUGUAAAAAAAUCAAUUUGUAAAAAAAUGGUUAAAAAAGUCUGUUGUUGUAACCAAAUAAGAAGUGUCUUUUUGGCGAAAGAUUUGCAGGUACAACUGUAAAAGAAAUUAAAUUAAAAAGUACUUUUUUCUUUUCAGAUUAUUUUCAUACUGCAAACUCUGACGCAACAAUGGCCACAACAGCAGAAGUUGUUGAAUUCUUCGACACACUGUUUGACAGCGUCAAUGGCUACCCGGGUGGUGUGCAAAGAGGAAAGUUAAGACGAGCGGUUAAACAAAAUUCACAACAUCACACUUUUUGGAUUGAGGCCAUUAAUAAAAUUAAAAAAAUGGUUUUUGUAGACACCAGUAGCAAACAUGCUACAAAAGCAGGAAAACCUCGACUUGUGCGAGUGCCAUCCCAACAAGGAUGGAUUACAACUCUUGAAAGUUUUAUAAGGGUCUCCAAAUUGUUAUUUGAACAGUAUAAUGUAGAAUAUUAUUAUCCGAGGAAUAUUAAUCAAGACCCAUUAGAAAAUUUUUUUGGCCGUAUAAGAGCUAUAAAUUAUAGAAAUGUUAACCCAGAUGAAAACACAUUUAUAUAUGCCUUUAAAUCUUUGAUGUUAUCUAACAUGCUUAGUCCACAUUCCAAAUUCCCUAACUGUGAAGAGGAUAAUGGAGAAACAUUAUUAAAUGUUAGUCUUCUUUUUAAAAACCUUC